CCCAUAUCUGUCUGCAAAAGAUAACGAGAUGUUCCAUAGUAAUGUGGAGUUGAAAAUUAUUUUUCUUCUAACUGGUUGCAUGGCAGCUUUCCGCCGAUUUCCCUCUCCACAUAUUUUCCUGAAUGUUCUUUCUGAUGAAGUGACUGAAGGAGAUUCUCUCAAGAUAGCAUGUUUUGCACCCAGUAAAUACAUGGAUGGUUGGUUUUUUUUGUUCAAGAAUAAUGAAUCCAAGGCACUGAAGACUUUGCCUGCUGCAGAGGCUCAGCAUAAUGUUACCUUCCUUCUGGAAAAUGUGAAGACUAGAGAUGGGGGCAGGUAUAGAUGUCAGUAUGGGCUCUAUAAUGGGAGUCAGUUGCAGGAGUCUGAAUUUAGCCAAGUCCUGGAGAUUACAGUGAAGGGUGCAGCCUGGUUUCUCCCCAUUACCUUUUGUGUAACUGGAAUUCUGCUUUUGGUUCUGAUCCUCUCUGCAGCUGUGGGAACAACCGCAUACUUUAAAAGAAGAAAGAAGAAAAGGAAGCUGAAGUCCUGCUGGGCAGAAACAAACUAUCCCACUGCAGAGACAUCCUUUGACAACUGUAUGUUCAUCAUUUCAGAGAAAUCAAACCAGGAAAUCAGACCAACAAUAGAAAACCCAGGUGCUUCAAUCUCCUCAGCCACCAGCCCAAGACUAGUAUCCAGAAUCUCCCUGGAAAAGCAAGAUUUCUCCACAUUCAGAGCAUCAGAAUGAAAUCCUAAAUGAAAACAUAUCAUACAGCCUUAGUAUAAAACUAUAAAAAGAAUUAGAUAACCUUCUGCACCAAAGAGUUUGCUCACCUUUUCUAAGCAAUGGGAUAGAGAGGCACCUGCAACUAAUUACAUUAAGCCCAAAAUGUGGUUUACAAUGUCAGGUUGGAAAUUCUGCUGACAAAUACAAAUGGAGUGGACUUUGCAUUGGAAUUUCGUGAUGCAUAAUUUCAUUGUUUGUCUCCUAUGGACUGACAUAGUGGGACAUUCAGAAUAUGUUUCUUAGUUCAAAGCAAUAAAGGUUUGUGACAUAUUAAAGACUAACAUGUUUAUUAAGGCAUUAAGAAAAUAAUAAACAUGGAAAAUCAUAACAUGUUCAACUGAAACAAAUUAAAAUGUUAAAUUGCUGGUUUAAAAUGUACCAUGAAUUCAAUUAAAUCAGACUUAAUUUAGUUUGUGGGUUUUAAAAUAAAUAAAUCUAUUGCUAGUAUGGUUGAAUAAUUCCUACAAUUUUCUGUAAAUAAUUAUCUUCCACUGAAAAUGAAAUUAAUUUUUAUAUUUCAGAAACCUUUGCCUCCACAUUUGUUUUAUUUCCUAGACCAUUUUUUUCUAAGAUUCUCAUAUUGGGGUGGGUGUGAAUCCAAUUUGAAAAAGUUUGUUUGUUGUUCACGUUUUGUUUGUUGAAUGAGCCACAUUGAAUGAGUCCACACAAUAUCCUAAAGCAAAAUCCUAUAAGCCAUGUUAUUAUUUGGUGUGGUAUGUGAACCCAGGCACUGAGACCACAAUCCUGAAACAAUUUAAAGUCUCUCCUAUUCUUGGCAUCUUGUGUUCAGCAGGUGGCCUUAAAGUGAUCUUCUGCUCUCAGAAACUGAAAUCUGCACUCAUUUCCAUCAGUACAUCUGAUUGGAAAGACAAACUGGUUCAGAUGGUUCUAUAGUCCAGACAGAUUAUUUGCUUGAACAUUUAAAUACUAACCUAUUUGCUGUCUUCCACUAACACAAGGAAAAAAUGGUUUAUUAUCAGUAAUAUUUUUAUCCAGUUCAACAAUGUUUAUCUACUCCUAUAUUCCUCUGCUGUUUUUGAACAGUUUGUUAAUUUGUGACAAAAAUGUUUAAAUAUUCCUGCUGUUUCUUCCAUAUCUUCUAAAGAUUAAAGAUGAAACUCAUUUUU